UGGAUCAUCUUUGCCUGCAUGCAGGGCUAUGGCGGUCUGGCAGACAGUUUCCUAUCCUCGCCAUUGUGGCAGCCACUCUCGAGACUCUCCUAUUCCGUGUACAUCUGGAAUAUGUUCACUCUGGAAGUAAACAGCAGAAUUCUACGGACCAAUACAUAUUUUUCGAACUACAACUUUAUGCUUAAUUUCUGGUCUGUCAUUGGGAUCACUAUUUUGAUGUCGUAUGUGUUUUAUGUUAUCAUUGAGGCUCCUUUUGGCGGACUCGAUAGUCUUCUACGAACCCGGCAGCCACGAUCUCCAAGCGAACAAAAGCAGUCGUCAGUAGAUGUCCAGCAGGAUCAGUUUAAUGUCGGAAGGAAUCUGGAUGAACCUGAAAAGCCUAAGGAAGAAGCCACAACGACUGUUUCAGAAUAG